AAGAAGGCAGUAAAGAGUUAAAUUCACUGGAAAAUUGUUUUAAAAUAUAUUUGUUUGAUGGAUUUGUCCUAAUCCUUCGAGUCAAACAACUAAUGUAUUUUCUGCAAACUGUGUCUUCUAUCUUAAAACAAGGUAAGCCAUGUUGAAGUGCCCACAUGAAAUCUGACUGCCCCUGCCAUUUGCAACCGAAAAAAACUGAAACCGGCCUCAAAACAGAAGGACAAGUUGGAAGACGAUCAAUCGAACAUAGGAAAAACGAGGAAGAAAAAAAUGGCAUCACUUGUAACCCAUUUGUGCGUCACUCUUCUCCUUCUCCCUAUAGGCAUCCGCCGUCUCUUUUGCUCGUCUUCUCUUUACCUCAAGAACCCAUCUCUUUUUAGAUCCAAAACAUGGUACCUCUCUGAUCCCAAAUGGAAAAAUCUUGAUUUGUACGUCCUCACCGUAGCCCUCCCUAUUGCUUCUUUUUCUUUAAUCUUUCUUUUCCUCUCCAUUACUACUGGUCACACAACUUACCGUUUCUCCUUCUUGCAUGAAUCAUUGCUUCUUUUUCUUUACUGGGUUUUGGCAAUUUUGUUCGUUUUACGUGAUGCCAUUGACCCUGUAGUCAUUCUUGAUAAUUUCUUGUUUGUGUUUGGUGGGAUUUUGUUUUUCGUAGAGUACUCUUUUAUUGGUGAGGGAACUUCUGGUCUUGUUGUCGAGGUUGUUUAUGGUUUGUGUGGUGAUUUGAGUCUUGUUUGUGGGUUUUGUUGUUUGUAUUUGGCUAUUAGGCCUGGUGCAUUUUUUGCUGAGUUUUGUUUCUGUUGUGGGUUGGUUUUGAAAGGGACUUGGUUUUUGCAAGCUGGGUUGUGUUUGUAUACUGAUGUUUUUGGUUUUAAAGGGUGUCAUGAGAUUGAGAUUUUGCCUGGAAGUGGAAAUGUUGAGUUGAAGUGUGAUCUUGAGGAGGAUGGGUUGAGGGGUGUGGCAUUGGUGAAUUUGAUGUUUGUUGGGCAUGCAAUCGUGGUCUUUCUUGUGAGUUUGGGGUUGUUUGGAUUGUUGUCAAGUAAUAGGGAUUUGAGGCAUGGUGAAGCAAGUGGACCUUUGCUGGCAGGGCUUGAUUCUGAGAGUGCUUUGAUGCGGGCGCUUCCUGAAUUUGAAGUGGAAUGAAGUGGGCAGCAAAGGAUUUAGGGAUUGAGGGGCCAAAAAGAAUGUGUGUAUAUAUUUGGGAAGGGCUUCUAGAUCUGUUCCUGCUUGUGGGUAAAGGCUGUUACUUUGUAAUGCUGCAAGUAACCAGUAAAUAGUUCUAGGAAACGGUUGCUGGAGUUGCCUAUUGGCAUCAGUAACAUUUGUAGCAGAGUGUGGGCCUCCAAAUUGCAGGAAAUAGAUAGCUUGUUACUGCUUUGUGCUCCUCCCAAAUGCAUUGGUUCAUGUUGUUGUUAUGAAUGAUCACAUUUGAUUAACUCUAGUAAUUCAACUGGAUGAUAAUGGCCACAGAUUCUUUACACCUCUGAAGUGAUCAAGUGUUAAAGUUCAACACUUUAGACAGGUGGGUUUUGAUUUUUCUUUCAUAUGGAAGUAAAUACCUACAAGCUUUACAAAUUUUCAGUUCUGCAGUGACUAAGAUUUCAUCUCAUGACAGUAUGUAGUAGAAACACAGUAUCUUUCAAUGAAAUUUUGGAUUCUAGGCAGAAAUAUCAUGGGAUCUUUGAUAAUGAUGGUUGGAUUUUUUAUAUUCCUUUGUGUCACUAUCUUUCAAGUUGAAGAAAUUGUUGUUUUUGUGGAUCAAAUGCAUGAAGUGGAGCCGUUACUUAAUGAUUUUUAUUUCUUCAAUAUGUCUUUGGAGACAAUUAGAAGGUCUUGAGAAUUUGACUUCAGAUUUUGAACAUGGUAAAACGUAAGGACUUUUAUGGUGACUUGAAUUCACUGACAGACCAUGGCCUUACCAAUUCAUGUGUUCAUAACUGUUGAACUCAGGUGCUAAUGCUUUGCUGGAGAGCUUCUUUUCUCAUUCUCCCAUUCCACUCCUCACAAAACCGUAAUCUUUGAUUAUCAUGGAACCUUUAUUUAAUAUAUUUGUUGUAUGAAGCUGAAAUUUAUCCCCCCCUCCCAAUUUUUUCCAUCGAAGUGUGCAAAGAAAUGGAAUGUGAUUGUCCUUCCAGUGAUCUGCUUGCAAGAUGCUUUAUUGAAAAACUAGCUGUUGGAGCAUGAGAAGGAUCUGGCAUUCAGAAGAGGAAGAAGUGAUGCAGGAGCAACAUCUGAGUCAUAUGUUAAAUUUGGUUGGUGCUAUAGCAUGCUACUGAAGAAAGACUUAUCUGAAUGUGCCCCUGGAUAAAAGAAGAAAUGAGUCGGAGAAUAGAUGUGAUUCAAAUCAAGAUGUUUCUAGUAUCCUGUGUCUUCAUAGAAGGUUUGAUGACAAGGGUGUGCUUAUGAGGAAGGAGAUAGCAGCCGAAACUUUAACAAGUAGUUCAGCAAAAGAAGGAAAUUUAUAAAAGUCUUCGUUCAAGACUUUCAGAAAAGCAAUGACUGGCUGAAAAUUUCUAUUAUGAGCAAGGGGAUACCAAAAGAGACAAACCCUCCAUUGGUGCUUAAAUCUUCUAAAGGUUCUCCUCUCAGUUCUGGUGGAGGAAUGGGUGACCAGGUGCAAGGUGGAGCUUUAGCCCAUUUUUCUAAGCUGCCCACAUCCAUGAGUUCCUAAUCCCAAAAGGAAAAGGAUGAAAGAGUCUGGAAAAGGAAAAUAUGUAUCAGCAUGGUUAUGAAGUGUGGAAAUUUGAUAGCCUGGUUCAACAAUCUCCACAGCAUCCGAGCAAACUUGUUUUACCAUCUGCAUGGUGUAUGAUGACAACCCGUAUGAUAGCAGGGCUCCUUGGGACAGUAGUGGAGUUGAUAUUGACAAGUAGUUAUGUUGUAGAUCAGCUGCUGAAGACUGUGAAUAUUACAGGAUGAUUAUCAGAAUAGUUCUCAACAUUUUGUUGACAGCCUAUAUAUAUGUUGACAGACCCAAAUUCAUACAAGUGAUGGUCAAUCUCCACAGGCUUCUCAGCGCUAUCAUGAAAGGAAGCACAUCAAUUUUCAACAUAGUUUUUUGUUAAUCAUCCUUGCAACUUGAGAUACAGUAUUUGCUACUUGGGAUGUGAAGGAGAAGAAAGAAACUUCAAAUUCGUCCAGAGCAAUGAAAGCCUACUACUUUCAAGGGUAGCAUUUUCCGAGUUUCCUUUUCCUUUCCUCUACUACUAGAGAAUGGAUAUCUAGAAUGGCUUCCGUUUUCUAUUUUUGUAUAAAUAUGCUGAAAUGGUUCCACAGACUUUGGGGACCUUUUACAUUAGAAGUCCAUGAGAUACCUUAGCAGAACUUAACAUACAUUUAUUUUUUAAUUUCCUGCCUUUUAUUUCGGGUAAGCCAAUGAUAAAUCAUCUUGUACGGAGAAUUUAUCUUAAAGGGAAGAAAUUUAAUCAAUUGAGACA